CAAGAAGAUGCGUCGGCAAAUCGUUGGGUGCGUGGUCGCGCCGGUCCGUGCCGGCGCCCGAGGCUGGGGAUGGUACCAUUUGGCAGUGAAGAAGCUCAAUUCCCCGAAGGCGGCAUCCCUUGCGUACGACUUCGCUGUGCCGGAGCCGUCGACGCCUCGUCCCCGCGCGUUCCUCGAGGUGAAGAUCGGCAACACCGACCCCGAAAAGGUCGUCGUCGAGUUGGCGUCAGAUAUUGUUCCCGCGACGGCCGACAACUUUUCGCAGCUCGUGACGUCGGGCAAGUACAAGAACACUCCGUUUCACUUGGUUCAGAAGAACCAGUACGUGACUGGCGGCGACAUCACCGCCGGCAACGGCAAGGGCGGCGUCACGGCGUCAGGCGCGCGCCACUUUGACGACGAGAACUUUGCGUUGCGCUACACGGAAGCCGGCGUCUUGGGUAUGGCCAACUCGGGCGUGAACACGAACGGGUCGCAGUUCUUCAUCACGAGCAAGCCCAUGCCCCACUUGAACGGCCGCAACGUCGCGUUCGGCAAGGUCGUGGAAGGCAUGGACGUGGUGCGGAAGAUCGAAAACGUGUACAGCGUCAAGGGCAAGCCGUUGACCGACAUCGUCGUCGUCGACUGCGGACUCUUGUGAGCACCGAGAGAUGUAGUAUGAUUAAACAACCUGAAUAGAACUAUGCGAGAUGAUAGAACACAUGCAUAUAUCCGUC